AUGGCGUGGAAUGGUGCGGGGAAUAGACCUAAUGCCGCAAACUCAACGGCUCUGGGAGCAGCUCCUCCGACACCAAGUGCACCACCUAGUUUAGCUCCAACAAAUUCCGGCGUCACAGGAGCGAUUUUCGAUCCAAAUGAUACCGCCAGUCCGUUCUUCUUGCAUCCGAACGAGAAUCCCUCCUUAAUCUUAGUCUCCACUCCUCUCGAUGGCCGGAACUAUCACCCUUGGGCCAGGGCGAUGGAGAUGUCUCUUCUCUCCAAGAAUAAGCUAGGGUUCGUGGAUGGAACCAUCGCAGUACCGAAUGUUGGGGAAGUUAAGUACCCCUAUUGGAAAAGAUGCAACAAUAUGGUUGCAACAUGGAUCAUGCGAUCCGUUUCUCCUGAGAUUGCUCAGACUAUCCUUUGGAUUGGCACUGCGGAAAGAAUAUGGAAAACCUUGAAGGCAAGGUUCAGCGAGGCAGAUAUUUUUAGGAUUUCUGAUCUCCAUGCUGAAAUUCAUCAAAUAAGGCAGGGAGAUCUGACAGUGAGUGCUUACUUUGCUAAGCUAAAGGUUCUAUGGGAUGAGCUCCAAGUAAUAAGGCCUUUACCUACCUGCAAGUGUGAGAGGAGAUGUGACUGUGGUCUGUUACAGACUCUUGAACAACAAUUGGAGAGUGAUAAUCUUUCAGUUUUCUUGAGAGGGCUCAAUGAUACAUAUGCUUCGGUUCAAUCCCAAAUCAUGAUGGCCAAGCCCCUCCCUACUGUUGAUGAAGCUUUUAUGAUGGUUCAACAGCAAGAAAGGAGGUUCAAUAAUUCAGGAAUGAAUGUGCAGACUCAAGAAGCAUGUAGCAUUAUGUUCACUCAAGGCAGUAAUGGCAAUUUAGUAGCAAGAAAGUUUCCCAAUAACAAUAACAAUAGAAGGCCCAUAUGUUCCUAUUGUGGAUAUACUGGACACACAGCAGAGAAGUGCUAUAAGAAAAAUGGUUACCCCCCAUGCUGGAAACCAAGAAGCAAGAAUGCUGGAUCUGUCAACCAGACACAGAUCAUUUCUGCUGAGCAAACCUUCAAUGAAGGCACUGGACCUGUUACUUUGAGCCAAGAAGAAUACAAAUUGCUAAGACAGGUCUUACAGAGAGAUAGUGUAACUCACAACUCCUCACCCUUGAGUGAGAUCAGUGGAAUGGCACCACAGGCAAAUUUGAUUGCUGCAAACUUUGCCCCAAAUCCACAUAUUGAAGGUAAACAUACUAAACACUCUUUUGAUAGCAAGGCCAAUUGGAUAUUAGAUAGUGGAGCUACUCACCAUGUUGUGUGCUAUCAUAAUCUAUUGACAAAUGCUAGAAGAGUCCAAGGUAUGUUUGUGGAGUUGCCAAAUGGUGAUAAGGUUGAUAUUACACACAUAGGGUCCAUAUAUGCUGGCAAAUUGACCCUGCAAAAUGUGUUUUGUGUCCCUGCAUUUCAUUAUAACCUGAUUUCUGUCAGUGAGUUGAUUAGAAAUUCCAAAUGCAAAUUGCUGUUACAUUCUGACACUUGCAUAAUACAGGAUCAGGAUUGUGGGAAGAUGAUUGGAUUGGCUAGCUUGAAGAAAGGAUUGUAUCAUCUUGAAAGACCUCAGAUUUCUACUUAUGCUAGCCUAUAA